CCCCCACCCCGCGCUCACUUUUCCCUCACCGCGGCCAAGGUUUUCGCUGUUGCAGCUCUGCUCCGCGCUCCCCUCAAAGGAACAUCUGGGACGGCGGCUCCAUGACAGCGGGAGGGUUUGACAAAACAGCUUGAGUGAGGAGACUGCCCUCGCUCUCUUUCUCUCUCUCUCGCUCUCUUUUUCUCUCUCCGCGCAGCUCUCUCGCUGGCUAUUUGCGAGAGGAGGAAAUAUUUACACUUUUUUUUUCUUCCUCAGAGCAAAGUGAGCCCAAAAAAUGAGAAGUUUGGGAGGGCCUAACUCCCGCUCCCCCUUGUGUGAACUGGGAUCAAACCGGGGUCCAUCUGGUUCAAGUCAAGCCAAAUCUUGAAAGGCGAGGCCCAAUGUACUGAAAACCCACUGGAAGCGCAUCAUCGUUGAUCCGGAGAAGACUUGAGGCAGUGGUUUUGGUCUUGGAAGGGUGGUCCCACAGCAAUUGGAAGUUCUGUGGCACAUCCUGGCAUCUCUUUGCCGACCGCCCACAGCUGGCAGUCCGAGAAAAACGAUGCCAUGUGAGGUUUGGUGCCUUGCUCAAGCGACCCCCGGGGCAUCACUCCGGCAACCACCCUCUGCAGCGAUCUUCGUCUCGUGUGGAUGGCGAGCCUGUGUCUGUGCUUCACACGGGCCGAGGCGCACAUUUGGGCGUGGAUGCUCAACAUGCCGCACAGUCCGCCCAAAGACGGGGCCGUGGCGCUACGGGACGGGGCGCCCCCUGCCAGAGCCACCACGGCGGCGUGUGACCACGACAGGGCCUGUGGGCGAGGUUUCUCCUGUGACCGUCACUUUGGCCUGUGCGUGCCCCUCCGUGGGGAGGGGUACUAUUGCCGCAGGGACGCCCAGUGCGUGCGGGGCCUCAGCUGCAUGUUUGGCAAGUGCCACCGCAGUGUUCCCAAUGGGCAAGAGGGCGCCCGUUGCAAGUUGGACCGGGACUGCGGAGCAUCUAUGUGCUGCGCCCGCCACCACGGCGAGCGCGUGUGCAAGCGUCGGCUGAUGCGCGGCGACGGAUGCUACGUCCCCGACGGCGGCCUGGCGUUCAGCAUCAACCAGAUCUGUCCGUGCGACGAAGGGCUGCUGUGUCGGGAGAACGUCGCCCCGCGGGGGAGAGAGAGGGAUUUUAUUUACCAGGCAGAGCGCACAAACUGGACGUGCCAAGUUCCCGAACGCUAACACCAAGCACAAGAUGAAACGCUAUUUAUUAACUCCACUGUACAGGAUAGUGUAUAUAAAAGUUGUUGUUACCCCCCCACAUUGUUUUGAUUGUUUCUUUUUUUUUUUCACGUGAAGCACUACACUGACCUGUUGUCAUAGUAACACACGUCUGCUGUACUCCAAACGAA